GUGGUUGGCCCCGCCUUGCCACUAUUCCCCUUCUAAAAUCUGUGGCAGUGGUGGGAUGCUCGGCUCUUGUCCUGUGGCUAAGGAGCCCUGGAGCAUCCCAGGGCCUCCUUUCAGACUGAGGUGGCUCUAUAGUCUCACUGCUUGAGGUCAGUGCCCUGCCACCACCUGCCUUCAGGGCCACUCUCAGCCUCGGCUGCCCUGCCCAGCUGUGGCUUCCCAGGGCACCCCACUGCUCAUGCCACGUAUGGGUCCAUCCUGAGAGGGCAAUGGGGACUGGCCAAAGGGCCCAGGGAUCACCCUUCCCUUCACCUUUGUUCUCCCAACCCCCAUGUCAGGCUGGUGUGAAAAGCCAAGACCAGGCUGUCCAAAGCUGUCUUUUUGUACUUAACAGUCCUGAGGCCCGUGACCUCACAGUGGCCCAACUCUGGUCUUCGUUAUAUUCUAAAGUAGAGUCUGUCCCCUCUCCCUGUCAUCCCUCACCUGUCACCCACUGGACUGUCUUUCAGAAACUCCUAGUGGCCUUGCUGCCUGCCCUAAUUCCUGGAAAUGUGAUCCUGGGGAGAACUCCCUGCAUUUCUGCAGCAUAGGAGAAGUUAGAGAGAGGAACUGAGAGGAGGGAACUGUAACCUAGACACCUAGAGAAGAGGAUGUGACUUAGUCUCCUACGUCUAAAUUAGGAAUACAAAUCUGGUUUUUCUACAAAAAACUUGACAUUAUAGCUAACUGUGUUCCUGUUGCCUCCUGCAAACCCAGUUCCAUCCCCUGCCCUCCCUGGCUGUAUCACUAGCCCUCCCACCCUCCUGAUCACAUGAAUCACAAACCUCAGACACACAGCUCUUGUCCACGCAUGAUAUGUUCAUGCAGUGGAUCACCUGGCCCUGAUCUUUCUGCCUCCACAGGUGAUUGCACAACCCUGAGAGCGAGUACCUCCUUAGAUUUUGCAUCUUACGUGCCUCACGUGACUCCCACCCUGGUUCUAGUCCUGCCACCGCCUAGCUCCAUUUGCCCCAUCAGUGACCAAGUGAAUAUAUUGAAAUAGCCUCUUUUGCUGCUAGAGCUGUGCUGAGCCACCCUGCCUCUUCCCCAGGAAGAGCCCUCCCCUCCUUUUAGGCCAGCUCUCUGGACCUUGUGUUCCAAGCCUGGCUUGGCUGUGAGUUCCUGCAGACAAUGGGGUAAGUGCUCUUGGCGUAUCCCUCUGGUGGGUGGGGCACAUGUGACUAAACUGAAUCUUGGAGCUCCCCAAAGGGAGCUUCUGUAAAGGAGGGUUCUUCAGGACUUCUUGGGAGCCAAGCGGGAGCAGUCUAGAACUACUAGAGAAACUAUACCUGCAUCUCUGGCCAGAGGGGCUAGGAUGAGGGAAAUAAGUGUUUAUGGGCACAAAGAGUGGGUAUGGGGUGAUGCUGCUAACCUUGGGGCUAGUAGUUGUGGGGAAUGGGGUGCCCGAGAGAGGCCAGGGUACAGAUGGGCUGGUGUGGCAGAGCCUGAAAUGGUCAAAAUGAUCCAGUUUGGGGUCCCCAGUGCCUAGCAAAGUUGUUGCCUUGAAUAUCAGUGCAAAUGUGGAAGAAGCAGAUGCCUCUGAAGUGUGGAGGCAGAUACUAGAAUCCUCACUCUUGGCUGCGUCAGAAAAAUUGGUCAGUAAGAGACUCUUACUAGUUCACACCCUAGGUAACCCUGGGGAGUAGGGAACCUGGGAGUUAAUAGGGAGGUUUCUGGUCACUGUGAGCUUCGGCUCAAGAAUAGGUGUUACUUGGCUCAGUGCCUACUCUGACCAGUUACUAGAAUAAUAGUGAAAGUGAAAUAGAGGGUGGGGACAGUACUUUCCCAGAAGGAUUUCACCGCAUCUCAUCCUUCCCAGAACCUGCUCUGGUGGUAGACAGAGCAUUGUGUCCCUAUGUCACUAGAGAAGAGGAUGUUGUCAUGGAUAAAUAGAGACAAGCUCACCAGUUCCUGACACAUGCAUCAUGACCAUGAGACAGAGCUGGACACCAGCUCCCAGUCCUUUGUGGGUCCUGCUCCUGUGUGCCUGUGUCAUCACUCUCCUGGUCAGAGCCACACCUGUACCUCAGACCAUCACAGCUGCCACUGCCUCAGUUGGAAGCAUAAAGGACCCCUGCCCCUCCCGGCCCCCAGAGCACUCAGCAGCUGAGCGGUGCCCAGCAUUGGAGGUGACGUGGCCAGAGGUGGAAGUGCCACUGAAUGGAACGCUGACCUUGUCCUGUACUGCCUGUAGCCGCUUCCCACAUUUCAGCAUCCUCUACUGGCUUGGAAAUGGUUCCUUCAUCGAGCACCUCUCAGGCCGGCUGCGAGAGGGCAGCACCAGGCGGGAGCAUGGGAGCAUGAGCACGAGGCUGUGGAAGGCCUUGGUGCUGGAGGAGCUGAGCCCUGCCCUGCGUAGCAGCAACUUCUCCUGCGUGUUUGUAGACCCUGACCAGGUUGCCCGGCAUCACAUCGUCCUGGCCCAGCUCUGGGCUGCGCCAAGGACAAUCUUGCCCCCCACUCAGGAAGCCCUGCCCUCCAGCCACAGCACAGGGCCAGCGACAGCUCAACCCUGACCAGCACCUGGCUACCACCUGCCUGGAGGGUGAACAGAUCCUGGCGGCUAGUCCCCCUAGCCCAGCCCUCCUCCUCUGCUUUGGUUCUCUCUUCUCACCAAACUCCCCAUCUGCCUAGAAAAAUCCUAAUAACCUCUGUAAGGCUUCCUCCUGCCUGCCAUUCUUUCCACUCACCCAUUAACUUUUCUAACUUCCUACCCUACUCCUCACUCUCUCUGCUGCUCAGAAACCACCAAGACCUUGAGUGCCUUAGCCUCAUGCUCAGGGCCACGCCUACGUUUCCAACAUGACUCUGCAAGGAUUCUCGAUUGUUCCCAGACAAAUUCCUAUGCUUCUGCUCAUUUGGUCCCCUCUUUGUUACCAUCCCAACAGGUGAACUCUGAAGCCCUCUUUCAGCUUUGGCCACAUUCUGCAUUUACCUCGUGGUGUUUAUGAGGUUUUUUCCCCUUCACGUAAAUGGACUGUCCCUAGGGAUGGGGGCAGUGGCUGUUUGUGUCAUCCCAGUAGGGUCUUCAUAAAGGAUUGUUCAAUGAGUCAUCUUGA